AGUUAUAAUAAUAUGCCUUUCAAGUAUUAUGUUGAAGCGAUAUCGGGCGUGAAACAUGAUGAGGAACCGUACGCAGGACGUGAAGCUUCAAAGGCUAUGCAGUAUUUCCCAGAAUUGGAGACGCUGGAUAAUGUAAAACUGGGUAAUCGCGAACCGGAGGAUUUUAAUGAGCAUAGUCGG